AUGAGAAAUCACAACUCAAGACUCGUCCACAAAUUUUACCAUAGCCUAUGCUGUAUGGCUCCUCCAGAAACUCUGAGUUCGUCAGUGCUCGUGGCAACUGUCCUGUCCUUCAUCUUUAGCUUCCUACUAGUUCCUGCCUUACCACUUGAUAGAACACCCAACAAUAAUGAUCUCCAAACCCUCCUUUGUCUCAGGUCCAAUCUUUCUGACCCUGCCGGGCUUCUUGCCUCAUGGAAGAACGAUUCCCUCGAAUUUUGCACUUGGGCUGGUGUUAGCUGCGGGGAGAGGCACAAAUCUCGUGUUGUCGCGCUGAACCUCGACUCGCUCGAGCUCAGUGGCCAAAUACCUGCCUGUAUUGCCAAUCUCACUUUCCUCGAAAGAAUCCACUUCCCAAAUAACCACCUUACUGGCCCAAUUCCUUAUGAGCUUGGCCAACUGAAAUGGUUGCACUACCUUAACCUCAGUUCAAACAAUCUCAGUGAUGUGAUCCCAGAAACACUGUCUUCCUGCUCUCGUCUUCGGAUCGUCGAUCUUUGGGGCGAAUUCUCUCCAAGUCUUUCAGGCGCCAUACCUUCUUCACUAGGGAACCUAUCUUCCCUUGUCAAGCUCUUGCUUGCAUACAACAAUCUUGAAGGUAGCAUCCCAGCGAGCAUAGGUAAAAUACCAAACCUGAAAGCAUUGGACCUGACUUACAACUUCUUGUCAGGAUCUGUCCCAGCCUCCAUUUACAAUAUGUCAGCUCUGACAUACCUUGGCAUUGCCACGAACACCUUGGUGGGGGAGAUUCCACAUGACAUUGGGUACACCCUCCCAAGGAUAAAGAAAUUGAUCUUUGAAGAGAACCAAUUCCAUGGUAAAAUCCCUGCUUCGCUAGCGAAUGCGACCAAUCUUACGGGCUCGCUUCCCAACUUGGUGGAGCUAAGUCUAGGCACGAACCAACUUGAAGCUGGAGAUUGGUCUUUCCUGUCCUCACUAGCCAAUUGCACACGGCUGGUCACCUUAGAUUUAUCAGAAAACAGAAUCCAAGGAACACUGCCAAAUUCCAUUGGUGGCCUUCCAAACAGCUUGCAAUUUUUGCUGUUGUCAGCAAAUGAUAUAUCUGGGACAAUACCUCCAGAGAUAGGGUACCUCACAAACCUUGUCGUUCUUCACAUGGAGAGCAAUCGGUUCACCGGAAGCAUCCCAGAUGCAGUCGGAAAUCUUUCGAGUUUAUUUCGACUAAGCUUAUCACAGAACAAGCUUUCUGGACGAAUUCCACUCUCGGUCAGUAACCUGAGUCAACUAAGUGAGCUCUAUUUACAGGCCAAUGAUUUCAGUGGUCCGAUCCCAGGUGCUUUUGGCGACUGCAAAAAUUUGAGAAUGUUGAACAUCUCUUGCAACAACCUUGAUGGUGGCAUACCAAAGCAGCUGCUGACUCUUUCAUCCCUUUCUGAUGGCUUGGAUUUGUCCCACAACCAACUCUCUGGACAAAUACCACCUGAGGUUGGUGAGCUGAUCAAUCUCGGUCUGCUCAAUGUUUCCAAUAACCAGUUGUCUGGACAGAUUCCCUCCACCCUAGAACAGUGUGUCCACCUGGAGUCCCUCCACAUGGAAGGGAACCUUCUGGAAGGAAAAAUCCCAAAUUCAUUCGCCGAAUUGAGAGGCAUCAUCAAGCUAGACCUGUCCAGAAAUAACCUUUCUGGAGCAAUACCUGAACUAUUUGAGUUCUUCGGCUCCUUGAUCCUCAAUUUGUCGUUCAACAGCCUCCAAGGUCCAGUACCCACAGGUGGGAUCUUUGGCAAUAAAAGUGCGGUAUACAUUCAGGGGAACAAGAACUUAUGUGGGAGCACCCCAUUGCUAGCAUUGCCACUUUGUGAUGCAAUGGCCUCCAGAAAAAACCAUGGUUUUAAGAUUCUGAAGGUGCUAGGAUUUAGUGCUCUUUCUUUCCUCCUGCUAGCAUGCGCAGUGGCCAUCUUUUUGAAGAGGAAGAAAGUCAGACAGGCAGCUCAUUCAUCCUGCAGGGAAUUGAAAAGGUUUUCAUAUGCUGAUUUAGCCAAAGCAACGAAUAAUUUCUCCUCAAACAACUUGAUUGGUUCAGGAAAUUCUGGAUCAGUUUACAAAGGUAGAUUUGAGUUUGAAGAACAUACAGUUGCUAUCAAGGUUUUUAAAGUCAAUCAACUUGGUGUGCCAAAGAGCUUCCUUUCUGAGUGUGAGGCACUGAGGAACACUCGUCAUCGUAAUCUUGUAAGGGUGAUUACUGCAUGCUCAACAUGUGAUCCAUCAGGACAUCAGUUCAAAGCUCUUAUUCUUGAAUAUAUGCCUAAUGGUAGCCUAGAGAGCUGGCUCUAUCCUGAUCAGAACAAGUAUGGAUUGGAAAGAUCAUUAAGUUUUGGCUCCAGAAUAACAAUAGUGAUGGACAUAGCUUCUGCUUUGGAUUAUCUGCAUAACCAUUGCAUGCCUCCUGUAGUCCAUUGUGAUCUGAAGCCCAGCAAUGUCCUUCUUGAUGAUGACAUGGGUGCACAUCUUGCUGACUUCGGGUUAGCUAAAUUUCUUCAAAGUUCGAGUCAUUCAUGCCAUCAAAGUUCUACAAGCUUACUGGGACCAAGAGGAUCAAUUGGGUACAUUGCACCAGGUGAAAACUUUUUCCCUCAAAACUGGGCAUUGUAA